AUGUGGUGGAUCAAGGACCCUGAAAAGAGGCUGCUCGUCAAGAUCGACUUCUUUAUCCUCUCCUUCUGCUGCGUAACCUACUUUUUCAACUAUCUUGACCGCUCCAACCUCACCAACGCGUAUGUCUCGGGCAUGGAGGAGGAGCUGGCCUUCAAAGGCAACCAGCUCACUGUCAUCAACACCAUUUUUACCGUGGGCUAUAUCCUCGGCCAGGUCCCUUCGAACCUGGCACUAACCUACCUGCCGCCUCGGAUCUUCUUCCCAUCCAUGGUCCUCCUGUGGGGUGGGUUGACGAUGAUUACGGCCGCGGUCCACAACCCUCAAGGUAUCAUGGCUAUCCGGUUCUUUCUGGGGUUGGCUGAGGCAAGCACCUUUUCAGGGACCCAUUACAUCCUAGGAUCAUGGUAUGCCGAGCGUGAACUAGGGAAAAGAAGCGGAAUUUUCACCGCGAGUGGUCUGGCUGGCACCAUGUUUGGCGGCUUUAUCCAAACAGGAAUCCAUUCAUCGCUGGACGGCGCAGCAGGUUUGUCGGGUUGGCGAUGGCUAUUCAUAAUCGACGGCUUGAUCACCCUUCCGAUUGCAAUAUAUGGGCUGUUCCUGUUUCCAGACACGCCGACAACCACGAGAGCUCCGUAUCUCACUCCAUCUGAACGUGCAUUGGCUGUAUCACGACUGACAACGGUGAACGCCGACCGCGCUCCAAUCAACAGAGCAUUCUUGAAAGAGCUGUUUACUACCUGGUACUGGUGGGGGUUUGUCAUUCUUUGGGUGAUUGCGGGCGAGACGGAAUCGUUCUCGUCAAAUACUCUUCUGGCACUUUAUAUGAAGGCACACCCUACAAUCAAGUACUCGGUACCUCAACUCAAUAACUAUCCCACUGGGGUUCCUGCUGUGGGGAUCAUUUCCACGUUAUUCUGGGCCACUCUGACGGAUUUAUUCGGCGGCAAACGAUACAUCGUUGGUUACUUUAUUGGAAUUACUGGAGUUGUCACCUCCGCCCUUAUUUUAGCCCGGUUCGAUUCCACUGCAACUGUAUUCGGUGCCUACUACUGGGCAGGUGCAGUUUAUGCGUGUCAAGCAACAUUCUUUGCCUGGGCCAAUGAUGCCAUGCGAAACCGAGAUGCCCGCCAGCGUUCUGUUGUUAUCGCUAGCAUGAACCUGGGUAACAAUGCUGUCAAUGCCUGGUGGAGCAUUAUAUUCUACUCCGCUGAUCUGGCGCCGCGCUUUACCCGGGGAAUGUGGGCGAUGGUCGGCUGUUCAAUUGCAUUGGCAGUCUGGACUACCGCGAUUUUAGUAAAAACUGUUCGAGAAGAGAAGGCUAUGGUAAGAGCACAGGCGUUGGAUGGUCCAUCAGAAUGCGUGCGUCAAAGCGAGAAAUCUGACUGA